CAUGUCAUAUAUAACUAUCAUGCAAAAGUAAGAUCUUCAUCAAUCAAAGGAGUAUUGGAAGCAUUUUUAAAAAAACUCAAUUUUUGUAUAACAUAAAACAAAAUGAACGGAAUAAUAAAAGGCGCAUUUAAAUUAAAUGGAUUGAGAGCAUUAGCAAAUCCCUUAAAAAAUGCCGUACUAUCUACAUCAAGUAAGAGACAAAUUACACGAAAUUUAUGGCACAUGUGUAAUUCUAGACAGGAUGAAAGUGUAUUAAAAACGUUACAAAUUAAGAACCCUACUCAAUUAUGUGGAUGUGGAUGUGGUAUUCAAGGAUUACAUACCAAAGGGGAACGAGAGUUAGUUGAAUUUUUAGCAGAAGAAAUCCUUGCUGAGCGUAAAGCACAAAAAGUUAAAAAUUUGGCUACAGAAUUAGAUGGUUUCAAAGUGAAGGUUGAUGAUGCAGAAGUAACAUUAACAAAAACCUCCGAUAAAGAAACUAUUAAUGUAUAUUUCAACGUGAAUCAUACCGUGGAUGCUGAACCUGAAGCAGAUAUUGAUCCAAAUAUGGAUAAACCUGAAUUUGCAGAAAUGAAAUCAAAACCACAAUUCGAAGUUGAAAUAGUACGCGGAAAAAGUAAUCUUAGCUUUACUUGUUCGUUCAUUGCUGAUGCAGGACAACAAGGUACAGGCGAAUCAUAUGACGAUAUCUUUGGAAUUGAUGAAGUCACAUUUUUCAGUGGAGAAUGGGAAGAUAAAAAAUACGCAGUUGCUGGAGAUGUCUUAGAUGGGUAUUUAUAUGAUUUAUUAAUGAAUUUGUUGGAGGAGAAAGGAAUCAGCAAUGAAUUUGUGGAAAAAUUGUCAGAAUUAAGUACUCAAUAUGAACAUUCGUUAUAUAUUGGUCUGCUUGAAAAUUUAUCUAAAUUCGCAACUGAAAUUAUUGGAAAGAAUGAAGUGAAAGAAAUUUCAAGCCCUGAAUUACAAAAAAACACCAUUGCUUCCCGUGUAUAAUCCUAUCCAUAAGAAAUCCUUCCCUCAUUACAGACAACUGCCAGAGAAAGUAUAUAGUGUUCGAUCAAUAAAACGUUUUUUUCUUUA